ACUUGAAUAAAAUUCAUUACUGUUAAUGGUGUUUAUUUCUAUCUUUUAAAUAUUGCUUGUCGUGUUCGACUGUUGUCCUUUUUUUUGAAGCUAUAAAGAAGUAUAUUUUUACAUUAAGAAAAGAAAUAGAAAUGGAUAAAUGUGCGAAAUGUUUGUUAAUGCUGCAUAUUGCGGCGUGGGUUUUGGGCAUCCUGGCCCUAUUCUUACCUUUUUGGGUCUCUACAGAUAUUGAUGAUGGCGUUAGGGAGGUAGAAGUGAGCAAGAAGAUAGACAGCGGUCUGUGGUGGAAGUAUGAAAGAUUUGAGGCUAAACAAAGUUCUUUACCCGAAUCCGAUGUUUGGUGGCGGCAAAUUUUUGGAACAUCUUUACAUACUAAAGGUGUUGAAAGUGUGUCAGGCCUGUUGGUGACCGGGAUGGUAUUACUGACUGCCAGUUUCAUUUCCUCGAUAUGGUUGGUGUGCUGCUGUUGUUGCAACGGUCGUCAGAAGAUGAUAGCCAUGGUCGUGGACGUUGUUGCAUUGUUUCUUGCAGCUAUCUGCAUUGUUGCCGGGGUCAUCGUAUAUUCCAAACAAGUCCUAAAUGAGUACGAAAUGAGUGAGAAUGAAAAACAUUUAGGCGUGAGCUUCUGGCUGGCAGCAGCAGCAUCGGUGGUGACGUUCCUGACCGGAGUUUUCUUAAGUUAUCUGGCUUGCAAUGGGAAGCAGGCAUCGUAGGACUUCAUGUGUAUAAAAUGAUAUAUCAAUGUUGUAACAUACAUGUCUCAGAUUUAUUUUCGAACAAUUUAAGAUAAUAAGAACUGUUUGUUAAACACGGAUGUCCUCCAUGAUGGGUUGUCCCAUUUUCAGUCCCGUGAUCAGUAUGACCAUGACCUACUAAACCCUAGAACAUUAGGGGUUAUCUGCUUCGUAAGACCAAUCAUGCUAUCAAGUUCGAAGAUACUGCAUCAAUUGGUUCUCAAGUUAUGGAGCGGAAACAGGUUUCAAGGUUCAGGCUCAGAAUAGAUUUUAGAAUUAAAUGGGCCUAUUGAGUCUUUGAACAUCUGACUGAGCAUGCUUCCUCUCUAUAUCUCUCGUCUGAGUCACGUUUUCUUCUUUUUAGUCACCAUGCCUCGAUCAAUCUCUUCCACCAUGUCAUCUGUCCCUUUAAGUGCCCGUGGGUGCAGGUGUUGGUUCUGCCUGGCUUCCUUGACCUCUUGGAUGACUUGCCGAGGUAGCUGUAUGUUCCUUCCCAACAUGUAGCGCGUGAAAAAAAUACAAUAGUAGCUCAAAGUCCGUUUUUAGUAGCAAUGAUGCUUAUGAAGCGAUGCGAUGUAUAAAAAUUAAUUUAUUAUCAAAUAAAUGUAUUUAUGGAUACGUUUAACCUUACUUCUUAACCAUAUUAUAAUAACGCGAAUGAUAGGUCGAACCAUUCUGAGUGCGAAUCAUGUUACGUACAAGUAUUAGUAAGCACAAUAAGGUCUGAUUAGUAUUAUCAUAAUUUAUGCAUAAAUAGUCAGCUAUUUUGUUGGAAUAAAACACAAAGGAAAAAAUUCAUUGCCCGCCCUCCCAUCCUUAAGCUUAUUGAUGACAUAAUUGUAAUUUCGAUUUUUCUGCAGUAAAGUUAUUUUGUAAUCUACUGCUGGUCAUUUAGUAUUUAGACUUAUAUACAAAAUGAUACCAUUUGUGUUCUUAAUAUCAAUUAAUUGUGAUAUUUGGUUAUACAUUGUUGUGUGAUAUCAUGUUUAUGUAUUCCUUCAUUUGGCCAGUUGUUAAGGACCCAACCUUUGAUAUUACAACAGUAUGACUGAGACAGUAUAUAAUUUAUAUACCAUUUGUGUUCUUAAUAUCAAUUAAUUGUGAUAUUUAGUUAUACAUUGUUGUAUGAUAUCAUGUUUAUAUGUUCCGUCAUUUAUUAUUAAAUGACCUUUUCGAUUCACAUGGUUUUAGUCUUUUCUCUCUCGUAUAUCAAACAAAGAAAACUUCGUACAUUCAAUUUACCUUAAAAGGUAGACAUAAAUAUAUAAUGCGCAGACCUGAUCAAAAACGUCAUAACUGACAUCAUCGCCACCUUUUUCCAUACACCUGAAUAUCUUGCCAAAAUACUUAUAUGUUAUAAAAUUAUGUGUUUCUUUAGUCAACGUUUGCUCUUCACUACUCGUUGAUUAGUUGUCCGAUUUUAAUCAUUAGACCGAGUCUUGUUACAAGGAUCUAGACACAUGGUAUACAAGUAUGUAGUUAGGAAAAUAAAUGCAGGAAAAAUGCAAUAAAUUUUCUUACCGGAAUUAUACGAAAAGCUUGAACAUGUGUGUUAUAUUAUCAUUAUCUUGAAGAUUGAGACCUUCAACAACAUGAAACUUAUAAUUGUGCAGUAAAAUAAUUCUUGUGUGAA